AUGCAAAGACAUAAUCUCACAUAUGUCUCAGAGUUCUACUUCAUGUGCUUCUGAGAGGACCCAGCCCUGCAGCCCGUCCUCUUUGGACUGUUCCUGUCCAUGUACCUGGUCACAGUGCUCGGGAACCUGCUCAUCAUCCUGGCCAUUGGCUCUGACUCCCACCUCCACACCCCCAUGUACUUCUUCCUCUCCAACCUGUCCUUCACUGACAUCUGUUUCACCUCCUCCACAGUCCCAAAGAUGAUUGUGGACAUCUCAACUCAAAGCAGGGUCAUCUCCUAUGGGGGCUGCCUCACACAGAUGUCGCUCUUUAUCCUUUUUGCAUGUAUGGACAACACACUUCUGACGGUGAUGGCCUAUGACCGCUUUGUGGCCAUCUGUUAUCCCCUGCAUUAUGCAGUCAUUAUGAGCCCUUGCAUCUGUGUCUUCUUACUUUUGCUGUCAGUCUUUCUUGGCCUUUUGAAUUCCCUGGUACACUAUUUAACUACCUUACAAGUUACCUGUUUCAAAGAUGUGGAAAUUGCUAGUUUCUUUUGUGACCCUUCUCAACUGCUUGACCUUUCAUGUUCAGAUACCUUAAUAAAAAACAUAGUCCCAUAUGUGCUUGGUACCCUAUUUGGUUUUUUUCCCAUGUCAGGGAUCAUUUUCUCCUACUAUAAAAUUGUUUCUGCCCUUCUGAAAAUCCCAUCAUCUGGGGGGAGGUACAAAGUCUUUUCUACCUGCGGUUCUCACCUGUCUGUUGUUUGCUUGUUUUAUGGAACAGGCCUUGGAACGUAUCUUGGUUCACUUGCAUCAUAUUCUCCCAGGAAGGGCAUGGUGGCCUCACUGAUGUACACUGUGGUCACCCCGAUACUGAAUCCCUUCAUCUACAGCCUGAGGAACAGGGACAUCCGCAGCAGUGUGAAGAGGCUCCACCAUUGCAAAAUCUAA